AUGUGUUUGCACUUGGAGUGGACCUGAUCAGUAUAACAAGACACAUCACACCGAAGACUGUGCAUCAGGGAGGAGAGAAUUGAAGAUAACAAUGGAGAAACUGUUCCCUCUCGCUUUGCUGUUAGCCACUGUGCUCCUCAGUGCAAUAGACAGUGUUAACGGGUUGCCUGGCUCAGCCAGACCCACACUUGAUCCAAUUCGUACCAGUUUACUGGAUGAAAUCCACCACAACUUCACAGUAAAGCACGGCUACCAUCUCUCACAGUCAAAUACAGAUUUCGCCCGGCGCCUGUUCUCAAAGAUUAACAGUCAAGGGACUUCAAAGAAUCAUUUCUUCUCCCCACUAAGCAUCUCAGAAGCUCUGGCUAUCGUGUCACUGGGCACAAGGUCCAACACUAAGGAGCAGCUCUGUAAGGCUCUGGGUUACACAAACACCAGCAUCCCACAACCCUUAGUUCACGAAGCGUUCAAACUCCUUCUGGAGCUCUUGACAAAUGAAAGAGAUAGUUUGGUGUCGAUGGGAUGCUCUAUGUAUGUACAGGAUGGAUUCAGGCUGGAGAAGAAAUUUGUUCACGACGCAAAGAGUUACUAUCAAGCGGACACAUUCAAUGUCGAUUUCAGAGCCACAGAAAAUGCCAAACAACAGAUCAAUGCUUAUGUGAGGAACAAGACACACGGCAAAAUUGAAGAAAUCUUUAAAACUAUCAAUCCGGACUCUGUGUUGGUAAUUGUUAACUACAUAUUCUUCAAAGGUAGUUGGUUGAAACCUUUCGAUCCUCGAAAUACUCGAACCGAUGAUUUCUAUGUGGACGCCUCAACUACAGUCAAAGUUCAGAUGAUGAGCAGGAUUGGUUCAUAUUACGCGAAGCAAGAAAGAGAUCUGUUCAGCUUUGUGGUUCUGCUUCCCUACAAGGGAAAUGCCUCAAUGGUCUUGCUUUUGCCAGACGAAGGAAAAAUGAAUGCGUUGGAAGAGAAUUUCAGCGUUUCGAAAUUUCUAUCAGUGGUACAGUCGCUAACCACAGGAUAUAUUGAACUGCAAAUCCCCAAGUUCUCACUGAAGGUAUCUUAUAAGCUUAAAGAUACACUGAUGAAACUGGGCAUCACAGACCUGUUUGACAGUCAAGCAGACCUGUCUGGGAUUAGUACAUCCCAACCUCUGAAGGUUACACAGAUCGUCCACGAGGCAGUUCUGGAAGUCGAUGAAAUCGGAACCGUAGCUGCGGCAGCCACUGGUGCUGAAAUAAUGCCAAUGUCAAUGCCUCAAAUGUAUAAAUUUAACAGACCUUUCAUUCUAAUCAUUGUCGAGCACAAAACCAAGAGUGUCCUUUUUACUGGAAAAGUGAUGAACCCCACUGAAAGCGUGUAACUCGACACUGAUCCAAAUCUUGUAUCAAUCUUUGCUCAAAAAAGAAUUGCGGUGGUGGGCAAAUGGAAAUCAACAAGGCUGACUUGUAACCUUCUUCUGCUAAUAAUCUUCAGCACCCUAUAGUAACCUAUUGAGCACCUCGAACAAGCUCUAAAGCCAAAUGUCGUGCGCUUCCUUAAGAAAAAAUAAACCAGUUCAUGGAAUUUA